CCGUGUAUUGUCAUGAAUCGUCAUCAUUGAUGAGAUGAAACGAAGCCGAAUCACAUUGACGUUUUAACCGACUAAUAAUUUCCCGGGUCACAACCGCAAAAUCUAUUUCUUUAACUCCACUCUCUCUCGAGAUAUCUAUAUGUAUACGUGUGUGUGUAAACACAACUCUCAUUGCGGUGAAGCUGUAGCCUUGUAGAGAAAAACCCAGUUCAACAAAGCCAUUCAAUUGGUGAUUCUCCAGAUCAUUUGGAAGAUGAGUGGGUUUUCUUGGCCAUCCGAAGGAGAGUUGGAUGAAAUAAAGAAGAUGGUUGCUGAAAUGUCUGGGAGUGAUAUUGAAGAGGUCAGGGUUGUCGUGUCCCCUUAUAGGAUUUGUCCAUUGGGAGCUCACAUUGAUCAUCAGGGUGGAACUGUUUCAGCUAUGACAAUUAAUAAGGGUAUACUUCUAGGAUUUGUUCCUUCUGGUGAUUCUCAGGUUCUACUACGAUCAGGACAGUUUAAAGGGGAUGUUAGGUUAAGAGUAGAUGAAAUUCAGCUUCCAAAGCAUGUCGUGAAGUCAAAUGACAAGAUCCAAUCAAAUGAUUCAUCCGAACUACAAGAAGAAAGUAAUUGGGGAAUUUAUGCCAGAGGAGCACUAUAUGCACUACAAAGUAGAGGAAAUUAUCUAAGACAGGGUAUCACAGGAUUUGUGUGUGGUUCUGGGGGUCUUGACAGUUCAGGUCUUAGCUCUUCUGCCGCUGUUGGAGUUGCUUACUUGUUGGCUUUCGAAAGUGCAAAUGAUCUUACUGUAUCCCCAUCAGAAAAUAUUGAGUACGACCGGUUGAUUGAAAAUGAAUAUUUAGGUCUGAAAAAUGGCAUAUUGGAUCAAUCAGCUAUAUUGCUUUCAAGAUAUGGUUGUCUAACCUGUAUGAACUGCAAGACCAAAGAACACAAACUUAUACACCCACCAAAGUUGCAGAAAAACCAUCCGUUCAAGAUAUUAUUGGCAUGUUCAGGCUUGAAGCAGGCUUUGACAAGUAAUCCUGGAUAUAAUCGCCGAGUUGCAGAGUGUCAAGAGGCUGCAAGAGUGCUGUUGCAUGCUUCCGAGAGUGGAGCAGUGGAGCCUAUUCUAUCCAAUGUUGAACCAGAAGCAUAUGAAGCUAACAAGUGCGAAUUAGAAUCCAAUCUUGCUAGAAGAGCAGAACAUUAUUUCUCAGAAAAUAUGCGGGUAAUUGAAGGACUUGAAGCAUGGGCUUCUGGAAAUUUGGAAGUUUUUGGAAAGCUUAUCACAGCCUCUGGUCUAAGUUCUAUUCAGAACUAUGAAUGCGGUUGUGAGCCACUAAUUCAACUGUAUGAGGUUCUUCUGAAGGCUCCUGGUGUAUAUGGAGCACGGUUUAGUGGUGCCGGAUUUCGAGGUUGCUGUGUUGCAUUUGUGGAUGCUGAUUGUGCAGAAGAAGCUGCAUCUUUUGUCAAGAAUGAGUAUUAUAAGCUCCAGCCAAAGUUGGCCAGCCAAAUCUGCCAAGAAAAUGCAGUUUUGAUAUGUGACGCGGGUGACUGUGCUCGUGUGAUGUGACCAGCUACUAAUUUGUCAACCGAUUACUUAUUUACAUGCCUGCUCAUGACAAUGCAAUGUGAAGUCAUUUGUAUAAUUUGUCAUAUUAAAUUUUCUGAGACCCAUUGGUUGUUAUAUUUGUGCUGUAUCAAAAUGUCACAUCUGAACAAAACGGAAGACCUCAUAAAAGUAGAAUAGAUGCUCAUUCUUUUGACAAAA